CUAUUAGGGAGGAGAAAAGCAAAAGUAAAAAGCAAAGAGCUGGGGGGAGGGGAAGGAGGGGAGAAAAGACCUCACUGCACCCCUUACUCACACCCCAGGCCUAGAAGCAGAACACAGACACUGGCCUGGAGAGGGUCUGCACAUGUCAAAGGUGAGGGCAACAGAUGCUGGACCCCGAAAGUUCUCUGCACCAAGUAAGCGUGCGAGGCCUCCAGGGAUUGCCUUGCCAACAGCUGGACUUGAUCACCAGUUUGCAAACUGAGAUCAUGCACUGGGUGGACUAGCCGAAGGACUUUACUCUCUGCAAAACAUUGUUUUUUUUUCAAGGACUUCCUACAGCACCAGCACCGUAAAAGAGAUCACUACCUGGACCCCUGAGUCUUCUCUGAGAACCACAGGAUAAGAGAUUGUACUCCUGGUGAGUUUGCAGGAUGAUGGUGGCCCUUCACAGAGCUUCUGUGCUGCUGGUUCUAUUCCUCACAGCAUUUCUGCCCCUACCACAGUAUGCCCAGGACCCAGGCAUGGUACAUUACAUUUACCAGCGCUUUCAAGUCUUGGAGCAAGGACUGGAAAAAUGUAGUCAAGCAACAAGGGCAUACAUUCGAGACUUCCAAGAAUUCUCAAAAAACAUAUCUGUUAUGCUGGGAAGAUGCCAUACCUACACAAGCGAAUACAAGAGUGCAGUAAACAACCUGGCACUGAGAGUGGAGCGUGCCCAGCGGGAGAUUGACUAUCUGGAAUACCUUCGAGAGUCGGACAUAUGCAUGGAGUCAGAGGAGAAGACAAUGGCAGAAAUGCUACUUCAAGAAAUGGAAGAAGAGAAGAAGAUCCGAACUCUGCUGAACGCAAGUUGUGACAACAUGCUGAUGGGGAUAAAGUCCCUGAAAAUAGUGAAGAAGACUAUGGACCCACAUGGCUCCUGGAUGAAAGAUGCUGGCAGUGACUCUCCCAAAGUAUAUGUUUUAAUUGGAUCCAGCAGCAAAACUGUUUUGGAAUUUGCAAAUAUUCGGGCAUUCAUGGAGGACAACACCAAGCCAGCUCCCCGAAAGUUACUCCUACCACUUUCCUGGCAGGGAUCAGGUCAAGUGCUCUACAAAGGUUCUCUUUAUUUUCACAAUCGAGGAACUUCUAAUGAGAUAAUCAAAUAUAAUCUGCAGAAGAGGACUGUGGAAGACAGAAUGCUGCUCUUAGGAGGGGCAGGCCGAGCACUGGUCUACCAGCACUCCCCCAACACUUACAUUGACCUGGCUGUGGAUGAGCAUGGGCUCUGGGCCAUCCACUCAGGCCCAGGUAUCCAAAGCCAUCUGGUCCUCACAAAAAUUGACCCUGACACAUUGGGAAUCGAGCACUCAUGGAACACUCCAUGCAGAAGCCAGGACGCUGAAGCCUCAUUUCUCAUAUGUGGAGUUCUCUAUGUGGUCUACAAUUUUGGUGGCCAAGGUCCUCAUCGAAUCACAUGUGUCUAUGACCCCCUGGGUACAAUCAAUGACGAGGACCUGCCCAACUUGUUCUUUCCCAGGCGGCCAAGAAGUCACUCCAUGAUCCAUUACAACCCCAGAGAUAAGCAACUGUACGCCUGGAAUGAAGGGAACCAGAUCAUUUACAAACUCCAGACAAAGAAAAAACUGCCUUUGAAGUAAUGAAUUGCAACCUGGAAGGAUAGCAACAUGAUUUUGGUUAAUGUUUCCAGGACACUGAGACCAGAUCCCCUUGUAGUACACUUCUAGUGACAAGUAGGAUCCAGGAAAGGGAACACAUAUGCAUCCUUUCCCAGAUGUUUCUGCCUUAGGUAUCUUCCAAUAGCUUAGAUAAGUCUAUCAUUUUGAAAUUUUUAAUUUUAGGAAGAAUCUAUUACUCAUCCAAAGUUCUUAGAUUUCAAGGCCUCCCACAUAUGGAUCCAGUUUACUCCCAGCUUUUUCUUCUCUGAUCCCUAGCAUCUACUUUAGCUCUGGCCUCUUUUUCCAACAGUUCAAAUUGUAUGUUCCUUCUUGAUACUCAGUGGGUUUUUCUCCUCUAACUUUUGCUCAGUCUCUUCAUUCUUGAUAAAUAUUCUUCCAAUUUUUUUCACUACCCAACUAAAAGUACUAUUUCUUAUCUAUACUUAAUCUUUAUUUCCUGUAGCUUUGCUGUUUCACCAAGGUAGAUGGAUGUAACAAAUAAAUACAUUAACAUUUAGAUGCCACUUUCUAGCUACAAAGUGUUUGCACAUCAUUUCUCUUUUUCUAUUGUGAGAUUUGUAAGCCUUUACAAUUGCCCCUUUAGAGAUAAGAGUUUAGAUGAAUUAUUCAAAGUAUCACAACUCCAGAAUGAAAGAGCUAAAAAAUACUGCACUCUUCAUAGUCUUUCCAUUUCCCAAGGAGGCAUCAAAUAUGUAUUUUUGCUCACUCAGUCUUUUAUAACUUAACGUGUUCAGCAAUUCAGCCUAAAAACAAUAAGUUUUGCCCAUUCAGCCAUUUUUUUCAUGUCUGCACAAGGUCUUUCAUGUCUUCCUAUUGGUCUUUCAAAAACUCCUUCCUUCAAAAAAGCAGCCUAAGAGUGAAGACCCCGCCACCUGGGUCUUUUAGCUAGCUGUCAUCUGCUUCUUUUUUCUUGCUUUAACCAUAAUAAAAGUGACACUAGAUAAAUAAAUAUUUGCCUACAUGCCCUCAGUAUAAAAGCUUUCAGGGAGUGCUGCCUGUGUGAAGUUUACCGUGACCAGUCUCCAAUACACAGAGACCUUUGGUAAAUACUCUGGGAUCUGGAGGGCAGCCAGAUAGCAGGCAAGUGGCUGUUGGCCACAGCACACAUGCUGGGCUAGUCCAGAAGGCAGCAUGUGCUUCUAGAGAGGACCUUCUUCAGAAUGUUUUCCAUGUGUGUGUUCAGUUCAGCAGAGUUUGGGUCACAAGUGCAGGUGGUGGUGCCAGUCUGUGUCUCAUGCUGAGGCCCCUGUCUUUCCAGGUUGGUCACAUGAGAGGGCUUGCUUUGUGUAUUUGCAGCUGUUUGCCUGUCUUUGCCAAGCUCUGGCUGUGACCUUAGGCAGUGAAGGAAGAUUUUUCACCCAUAGCAUUUGAAUAGAUCUUUGGCAGAAGAACAAUAACCAGCCCAUAGACACAGUGCAAUUAUCCACAAUUCUAGUAGAAUGGUAGAGAAAGCCCAAAUCUUUUGUGGAAUAAAGCAGUUAUGAACAAGUAA